AUGCUGUGGACGGAACGGGGAAUCUACGCCGGCGGUUUUAACAGCAUCGGCGAAGCAUGUCUGCUUCCUCCAGGAACUCAGUUUGACCUCUUUCGUGGGACGGCAGCUAUGAAACAAGAUGUAGAAGAUACAUAUCCUACUAUACUUAAUCAUACAAUAAAGUUUGGUUCAAAGAGUCAUGCCGAAUGCGCUAGAUUUUCUCCAGAUGGACAGUUUCUUGUAUCUUGUUCUGUUGAUGGUUUUAUCGAGUGGGAAGCUGAAGAAGGAUUUGCAAUAGCAAGCUCACGGGGCUUCACUAAAUAUCGCUGGUUCACCCUCUGCCGGAAACAUGAUCAAAACCUAACCAAUGACACCAGUAAGAAGGUGAACUCAAGUGGGUAUGUUUUAGCUAGAGUCCCAUUCCCAAGUUCUCCUGGUGCGCGCUUUUCAGGUCUCGUGGCCGUUGGUUCUAGUAUCUACAGCCUUGCUGAAACCGGAUCCCACAUUAGGCCCACGUAUAGCCUCUCCAUUCUCGAUUGCCCGUCUCACACGUGGAGCAAGGCUCCUGGCUUUUGGGAUGAUAAUCUAAUGGGAUUUGCUGCUAGUGUCCUCGAUCGGAAGAUAUAUUUAGCAGAAUGCUGGAAAGAUGUCAAUACCAAUUCCUUGAAGAACUCAAUCCAGGUGUUCGACACAUAA